AUGACCCCUGCGCUCAACCCGUCCGUGCCUGGGAAUGCAGUGCAGAAAAAGGCGUCUUCAGUGGAUGAUGUGGGGGACAUGGUGGGAGCAGGCGGCAUGGCGGUGUAUGCAUGGGACAGCCCUGUGGCUCGCCAGAUGGUACUCAUGCCCCUGCUCCCCCACUCGCACCUGCCAGCACAAGCGCACGAAGGCGCAAACGCCAAGAAGGAAUCUGAGCAGGGUGAAAAGGUGGCCGGGGGUCAGGUGGAGUCUCAUGUGGAUCCUCAGGUGGAUUCAACGGAGCUGGUGGUGGUGGCGGGUGGGGGCGCUGUGAAGGUGCUGCUGUUCGAACCCCUCGUGGGACUUGGCACUCCUGAGAUCGAGUUUCUCAAGCCAGGCGCUUUCACACCCUCGGAGCUGGACAUCAUAGUCAGCACCGUCCAAGCAGCGAUCGACAGCUCAGCACCCUUCCGGCCUCAGCCGCGGUCUGGGCCAGGUGGCAGCAGCCGCAGUGGUGGCGUUGGUAGUGGCCAUGCCAACAGGAGUGGCUCUCUGUUGCCGUCUCCUGACAAAUCUCCUGACAGAAGCACAAGCGGCAAGAGCUUGAGUGGUAAUUACAGCAGUGGCGGUUAUAGCAGUGGUGGUUACAGCAGUGGUGGUUACAGCAGUGGUGGUUACAGCAGUGGGCACGGCGAUGGGAGGAGAAGCUACUAUGGUGGUGACAGUGGUGGUGGUGGUUACAGCAGCAGGGGUGCCUUUGGUGGUGGUGGUGGUGGUGGGGAGAGGCACACCGGCAUGGAUCAGGCAAUUGCCGAGAAGCUUCAGCGCAUGGGAGUGAUGGUUUAUGCUCCUGGAGGAGAGGAGGGAGGGGGUGCGAGGGGAGAAGGGGAGUGGGAGGAUGGGGAUGAGGAGGAGGAGGAGGAGGAGGAGGAGGAGGAGGAAAAGGGGGAUGAGAGGAGGUGGAUGGAUUGGGGCAACCUGGUUGGAUAUGAGGAGCAGAAACGGGAGAUAGAGGACACGGUGCUGCUGGCGCUACUCCGCCCUGACGUCUACGACAGCAUUGCCAGGGCCACGCGCACCCACUUUGAGUCCAACCGCCCUCGUGCCGUGCUGUUUGACGGCCCGCCAGGCACUGGGAAGACCUCGUGUGCAAGAGCCAUGGCCAAAAGAGCGAGCGUGCCCCUGGUGUACGUUCCCCUCGAGUCUGUAGCAUCCAAGUACUAUGGGGAGAGCGAGCGCCAGCUGUCGAACGUGUUUGCGCUGGCCAAUCAGCUGCACCCAGGUGGCGCCAUCGUGUUCCUUGAUGAGGUGGAUGCGCUGGCAACAGCGAGGGACAGCGACAUGCAUGAAGCCACGCGGCGAGUCCUGUCCGUGCUGCUCAGAGAGAUGGAUGGGUUUGAGCGGGAUCGGGGCAUCGUGGUCAUUGCUGCGACUAACAGAAAGGAAGACCUGGAUCCGGCUCUCAUCAGCCGCUUUGAUGCAGCUAUUACAUUCUCCCUCCCAGACGCACACACCCGGGCUCUGAUCAUCGCUCAAUACGCACGCCACCUCACUCCGGAGGAUAGAGAAACCCUUGCAAAGGCAUGCGACAACAUGUCUGGGAGAGAUAUUCGCGAUGUCUGUGAGCAAACUGAGCGGCACUGGGCGUCCAAGCUGAUAAGGAAGAUGGGUGUGAGUCCGAAUGAUGAAGCAAAGUUACCAGGUACGGAACUCUAUGGGGUGAUAAGCAAGGAGCCUCCACAUAGUAGGAGGUGUGAAGCCUGCAUUUAUGAUGUGACAGUACGGACGAUUGUCGUGUCGAACUUCAUCUUCUCCUACCUCUCCACUCUACUCAUAUCGUUCAAAGGAGAGAGCAUCCGCGAUAUGAACGUGUGCGAGUCGUCGUCCGAAGCCGGCUUCCCCGGCAUGACUCACGGGAUCCCAUCGUAUCUAACGGGACACUAUCCUUUCGCAAAUUACGGCGGCCAAGCGUCGUAUCACUUCGGCGCGCCGUUUCCCCCCAUGUACGGCGCAGCCAUGCACAUGCACCUUCCGCCACACAUGCCUCCGCACGGGUCCGCGCACACAUCCGCGCACGGAACGGCGCUUGCAGCGGCGCACGCAGCGGCGCAUCCAGGCUACGGGUUCCCCCCUCCGCCGUCCGCUCGACAUCGUUCAACUUUCCAUGCCGCCGCAGCAUCAGGGCCCACGAAGAGACUCCGCCGCACCGGCCGGUCCGAUCGGGACAGUAUGGGUCACAUCCCCACGCCUUUUUUCAACGAGAGCCCGGUAGAUGUCGAGAUCGACGGUGCUGAUCAGCAGGCGGGAGGCGACAACGCGGGGUUUGGCAGCAGCAGCGGUGGCGAUCCCUUAUUCGACGAGCUUUCCUGGGGAUUCCCUGAUCUUGAGUUCAAGCCAAAGCUUGACUCCGCGGCGGAGGCGACAACCGAUGUGCGAAACGCCGACUUGCAAUUAUCUCUGGAACCGACUGCGAUUUCUGAUCUCGCGCCGCACGUGACGCGUGAUGACGUGUUCUAUUCGGAGUACUACCGUCAUCCGGCGGCCGACUAUCCUCCAAUGGCGAACCCGUAUCACGCGGCGUACUACCAAUCUCAUCCAUCUCAUCAUCCGCUCUACAGUCAUCACUUCUACAAGCAGCGGCACGCGGAAGCCGCAGCGAUGGCGAGGCAAGCUCGAGUAGCGGCGACGAGAGAGGCGCUCGCAGGAAGAAUCGGCGCGCAGUCAAUCGCAGGGCGAAGCUCGCAAUCGGUCGCAGGACGAAACGUGAAGUCGCCGGGUGUCGCACACGCGAAGGUGACGGGGAAGAGAAAGGGAGGAGACAUUCUUGCCGACCCGAGCACGCUCGGCGGAGGUUUGGAAUUCGAGGAUCAUCCCGAUUUCGCCGCCGCCGUCGCGGCGAAUGAGCCGUGUGCUGUCGUCCCGUCGCGCGCCGAUCGCGCCGGUUCUCCUGCGGACCUGCUCGUUCCGUCGUCACCGUCCGUUCCGCUACGACCUGCCACUUCCGUGGAAACCGCUCCCACAUUUCCAGCUGCGCCCGGCCGUCCGUCGCUCUCCCUCGCUCCCGAUCUCGACGGCCCGUGUCGUUUCGCCAUUCAUCCUUCGCUACCCAGAGACCGCGAUGAUGCGACUCCCGCGGUCCUAUUCCCGCCUGUUCCGCGUAUUCCUGCUGCGAUUUCAUCCCCCGUCGUCCCUUCCGCUGUGCCUUCCGCGGUGCCGUCCGCUGCUGCGAGUAUUCCGCCGACAGUCGAUCCGAAGCGAAGAAGGUUGCUCCGCAACAGAGUCAGUGCUCAACAAGCUAGAGAGAAGAAGAAGCACUACAUCAAUGGGUUGGAAGGGCGCGAAGCAGCACUUACUGUGGAGAAUGAGGCGUUGGAGGCCACAAUUGCUGCUCUUACAAAGGAGAAUGCUGAGCUUAGCACCCCGCGCGUCCUCUUAGCAGGACCGAAAUCCAGCGGCUUCGACGGCAUGGCGACUCCAGCAUCGUUGCUAACCAGCAAAGCCGCAUUCUCCCGCGGAUUUUCCGCCGGUAUUUGCGGCACAGCGACGCCGAGGCUGUCAGGCGGGCGGCGGAGCGUCAUCCGCGCAUCCGCGGGGGAAUCGGAAGGCGCGGGGAAGAGCGCAGGGGGGAAGCGGGAGGAGCGCGCGGGGCCGACGGCGGAAACCUCUCCGCUGGUGCGCUUCGCGUGGUAUGCAUCAGAGGCGUUCGGGAAGGCAGUGGCGGCGGUGCGCGGAGGGGAAGCGGAAGGCGGAAAGGGGAAGGGCGGAACGGCGGAAGGGGAGCCGGCGGUGGUUGAGCGCGACGCGGCGAUUAAAGCGCUCAGGGAGGACUAUGACAAGUCAUACUUCGUGACAGGCGAGAUGACCAUGUGGCUGUACGAACCAGAUUGCGAGUUCGCCGACCCCUUCGUGUCGUUCAACGGUCGAGAUCGCUUCAAGCAGAACGUGUCCAACCUCGGGUCAUUCAUGGAGGAAGUUUCCUUGAAGAUUCUUGACUGGCAGGAGUCAGAGGGUACGGUUACCACCAAGUGGAGAUUCAGCUGCGUGCUGGGCCUCCCAUGGCGCCCCAUUCUUGCCGCAUCCGGGUCUACAGACCAUUUUUUCAGCGAUUCAACAGGAAAAAUAUACAAGCAUGUGGAGCGGUGGGAUAUUUCCCCUGCAGAUGGAGUCAAGCAGCUGCUCAAGCCAAAUCCUAAACUCAAAAAGCGCUAG